GGCAGCUGAAUCACUGUGCGUAGGAGUGCAAAUAUCCUGGAAGAGGAGUGUGUGUUGUGCUCCAUGUGGGAGCGCAGCUCCUCCCUUAUCCCUCUCCAGUGUGUCUUCCUGAACCCGAGUGUCUCCUCACACACACACACACACACACGCACACACACACACACACACACACACACACACACACAAUGUAACAGCACGCAGAAAAAAGACGCCUUUUUGACUCAAAUAUCAAAUAUUUAAAAACAAACCCAAAGGUCACCGAAGUGACGGGACGUUUCCUGAACCCCCCCUGUGGUGGACCAGAAGCAAAGGAUAGAACAUUCAUCAACAACCUUCUGACCAAUCCAAAUCUGGAACUGAAAUCUAGUCUGAUUGAUGAAUGAGACUAGCGAUAAUCUGUUACAUUCAGGCCACUUGCAGGUGACAUGAUCAUCUUGUUGCCAUGGCGAUUCUGAGAAGUUGACGUAUUGCAAGCAGGAAAAAUGGGUGAUCAAGGGACUUUCUCGAAGAACAAAUUGGGAUUGACCACGUCUUGUUGGGUUUGUCCUGGAAUACAGGGGUUAGGACCUACCCAAUGUGCUCCAAGGAAGCACAUCUGGUCUGAUACCACAAUGAAGCUCUGGACACACCGAGCAUCAUGACUCAUGGAGUUUGUUAGAUCUGCAAUGAAAGAUUUUCUGAUGAAUCAUGGAUGCAUGCAUGGGCGAGGGAUAACCUGGAAAGACAUGACAUCAGGAAGCAUAAUGGGAAGCUUUGGAGGCCACCAUGGAGAUAUUCUGAUGGGAAUCCUUGGUUCCUGGUGUUCACGUAGAUGAUAAACAAUGCUGCAGUCACAAUUGUAUGGUAUACACACUCCCUGCUCGUCCAACACACGGCUCAGGAAGGCGUUCUUCAUCUUUAAGAAAAAUCUUCAUCUGAUCGAGCAACUGGGCAAACAAGUCUAAUGGGCUAAAUGACUUCUAAGUAUCUGGUGAUGUUGAUUCUUUGCCAGGUUCCUCACACACGUUCAGGGGGUUUGUGAGACCUUGAAAGGUCCGUAGAUCUCAGUGACGCUGCACAGUAUUAAGCAGGAGGCGUCUGAUAUCAGAAAUAUUUCUGACGUACACAUCCUGGUUUGGUAUGCAAGGAGUUCUCACCCAGCCUUUUCUGGCACGUGUGUGUGUGUGUGUGUGUGUGUGUGUGUGUGUGUGUGUGUGUGUGUGUGUGUAGGCUUGUAUCUUUCAACACACUUUUUUGUAUUUAAACGGGCUGUCCUUCUGUAGGUCUCUGUUUCCCAGAUGGUGCAGCUGCAGGUGAGGUUUUGGGUUUGGAAGGAAGGAAGGAUGAGGAGGAUGAGGAAGAUGAGAAAGAUGAGGGUAAGAAUAGCGCGCGUGCGUGGGAGGGCCACUGUCGCUAUCACACCGACACCGGUGACAGUGAUACACAUGCACACGCACACAUGCACACGCACACGAUCAGAAGGUCAAUGAGCGCGAAGGUGGCGGUGUGGUGUGUCGUGUGAGCGCGCCUGAGCCUCGGGCACUCCCGGUGACGCGCUCCUACUUUCUCUCUCUCUCUCCCUCUCUCUCUCUGUAUACUGUAUAUGUGUGUGUGUGUGUGUGUGUGUGUUGAUGCGGUGCACAGCAGAGCAGUCCUCCCACGCACCCGCGUGACGCACAUGGCUGCGUGGGCGGGCCGCGCGUGGGAGUGCAAGCGCGCGAUUGUAGCAGCGCGGAAUAUCCCAACUCUUGCAGUAGGGGAGAGAGAGAGAGAAAAGAAAAGAUUGAAAGAAAAGCAAGAAAGCAAAGCAAGAAAGAACGAAAGAAAGGCGGAAGCCUGAUCUCUCUCUCUCUCUCAUUUUUUAAUCGCGCGCACCUCCGGGAUUUAACAACACACACAAACAAACACACUCUCGCACGGACGCACGCGCACACACACACACACACACACACACACACAUUCAUACACAAGAUUCGGUCUACGGAGGAGCGGAGAUACCUGCACGCGGACGCGGGUCGCGGUCACGGAUACGCGCGCGCGCGCUUUCGCUCUUUCACGCUUUUUUCCUCUCAUUUUUUUUUUUUUUUUUUUUUGUAUUUCGGUCCGAUGUCGCGCGACGCCUCACCCCAGUGAGAUCUUCUCACCGUUCCUCAGAGACGGAGAUCUUUCGGUGGGAAUUCGGGAAGAACAGAGAAAAAAAUAAAGAAGUCUCUCAAGAAGGUCAUGGCGGCUGCUUUGCCUCGGACUCUUGGCGAGUUGCAGCUCUACCGCAUCCUGCAGAGGGCCAACCUGCUGUGCUACUACGACGCAUUCAUCCAGCAGGGCGGCGACGAUGUGCAACAGCUGUGCGAGGCGGCGGAGGACGAGUUCCUGGAGAUCAUGGCUCUGGUCGGGAUGGCAAGCAAGCCGUUGCACGUGCGACGCCUCCAGAAAGCUCUGCGUGACUGGGUCACCAACCCGGCGCUCUUCAAUCAGCCACUCGCGUCGCUUCCCGUCUGCAGCAUCCCUGUGUAUAAACUUCCUGACGGACCCGGGCUGCCUGUCAAAGUUCCCAAAACAGACCCGCCAAAGACCGAAGCAGGCAGCGGAAGCUCCUCAGCCACCGCCUCACCCCUGCAGACAGGCAACGAGCCACGGUUCUGGGCUGAGCGCAGUCUCUCGCCGGCCGAACUCGGCUCGCCCUCAUCCCCGCUGCCACGAGAUACCCUCGAGGCCCUGGAUAUCGCCGCCGUCCAGGCCGUCAGUGAGUGUGUAGACAGGAUGGCACGUGCACUGCCCAAGUGCGACCCGGCGGAGCUGAGAGAGCAACUCAAAGCCAACAAGAAGCUCGCCAAAAUGAUCGGCCACAUCUUCGACAUGAGUGACGACGACCCACGCCGAGAGGAAGAGAUCCGCAAAUACAGCGCCAUUUACGGACGCUUCGACUCGAAGAGGAAGGACGGCAAACAUCUCACACUCCACGAGCUGACCGUGAACGAGGCAGCAGCACAGCUGUGUAUGAAGGAGGUGGCCUUACUGACUCGCAGGGACGAGUUAUUCGGACUCGCUCGCCAGGUCUCCAGAGAGGUCACCUACAAGUACACAUACAGGACCAGCAAAUCUCGAUGCGGAGACCGAGACGAACCAUCUCCAAAGAGAAUUAAAACAGAGCAGGAAGGUUUUUUUGACCUGCAGGAGGCACUACAGGCCAUCCACGUGCGCCAGGAGAGUCUGAGAGAGCAGCUUGCUCAGGCUCGGUCCAAGGGAGAGGAAACACUCAUUCGAAACAUCCAGGUUCAGCUGGAGCGUCUCUUGGCUAAGCAGAUGGAGAUCUUGCAUGACGCAACGACACAGGACCGACUGCAGGUUCUUGAGUGGCGCGUGCCUCCAGGAGCAUUCAAACACCACGCCGACUUGCACAACGCUAACGCUAACGGGGUGCAGAGCAAUGCCGAAAAGCAUGCCGAGCAGCACGGUGAAAGGCCACUGAAUCUGCGAGUGACAGGACAAAGGGGCGGAGUUUCAGAUGGAGACACACCUCUGGGAAAACAGUUGGCCAAUGAGCUGAAGAGGCAUUACCAGGCCAGCAUGGAAAGCAAGGCAGCAGCUGCCACAGAGAACGGGAGUGGUGGAGUCGGAGGUGAAGUGAGUCCCCGCGCUCUCAACCUCUCUGAGAAGAAAACCAUCAAGAGUGAACCUGAGGAGUCGAGAUAGCAGAGCAGACCUCGUCCUCUUCCUCUCUCUCUUCCUCGUCCUCUUCCUCAUUCUCUUCUCGACUCGGUGAUGAACUGAUCGUCCCUCAAUACUAAAGGAGCACAACUACAGAACAGCCUUAAUAACCAACGUUGCCUCAAAUUUCCUUUUUAUUCCUUCUUUUUAAUCUCUUUCUUUUAUUCUCUUUUUUAUUUUUUAUUUUUUUGCCAAAGCACCAGAGUCCUUAUUUUCUCUUCGCUGAGUAGAUUAGCAUUUUCUGUUGUUGGUGACUGUACAUUGAAAACUCCACCUUCUCUCCCUCUAUCCUUCUUUCCAUCUCUCUCUGUCUUUUCCAUCGAUCUUUUAAGCUCUCUCUCUCUUUAUCGCUCUAGCUCUCUCUCCCCCCUUUACCACUCUCUCCUCUGUAUCUCUAUCUAUUUUGAUCUUUCUCUUGUCAUCUAUCUCUCAAUAUUUACAUCUUUCUCUCAAUCUCUCUAUUUUCAUUUAUUUUCUAUCUUUUCAGCCCUCUCUCUCCUUCUCUUUCCCAAUAUCCCUUUCUUUAUCUCAUCUCUCUUUGUAAUCCCUUUCUCCCACUUUCCUCUACCCCACUCCCGUAUAAGCUUUUUCCUCUAUCCUUUCAUCUAUCUUUUCUCUCCAUCACUCUCUCUUUCCAUCUAUCUCUCCCUCUCACUAUAUCCAUCUCUAUCUCUCUCUCUCUCUCCUCUCUCUCUCUCUCUCUCUCCUGUGUUCUGUAUGUGGGCUGUAACAGCAGCUGGUUGUAUAUACAUUUGUUGAUAUGUGGAAAAUGUUGACAUGUUAUUUAAAUAAGUUGUGUGUAUAUAUAUAUAUUUCUGUGUGUGUGUGUGUGUGUGUGUGUGUGUGUGUGUGUGUGUGUGUGUGUGUGUGUGUGUGUGUGUUAUUCAGUGUAAAGUGUGUAAAACUGUGUGUAGUGAGUAGUAGAGCAAUACUGACUAGCUGUUGUUUUAAUAAAGCGCAGGGUGAGUGAAUGUGUGUGUGUGUGUGUGUGUGUGUGUGUGUGUGUGUACUGUACAGUGUGUGGUGUAAUAGUGUUAGAAAUAGCUGGUGUAUUAAUGGAACUUAUAUGCACUAGUGUUCAACUUCAAAAUGCAUUUUUUUAUACAAAUUUCAUCUUUUCCAUCAUUUUUUUUCCCAUAAUCCUCUUCCUUGAGCUCCUGCUGUAGGUUUCUCCCCACAAUCAAUCAGGUGUGUGUGUGCGCGUGUGCGUGUGUGUUAUCGAAUACCUCUGCGAAAAUAACCGACUGAUACUCAUGUCCAGGUUUGAGAAAUGAAUCUGUAAUCUUUAUUUUUUAUAAACGAUUACUUUAUGCAAAA